GCAAAUCUGUUGGUAUCUCUUCUUUCUCUGGAUAAGGAGAAAAUCUGGAUUCUGAAUACAUUUGUGUUGGUGAGCUAAAGAAAAAGCCCAGAACUUCUGCUGGAAGAAUCUGUUUUCCUUUGUGAGAGAGACAUGUCCCAGACCUAAUUUUUUGUCCCACUGUCAAGAGCAUAGAAGUGGCUCCCCAUUCGUUUCAAUGUCAUUUCGCUGCUAAUGGGUUUGAGUAAACUAGAUGUUUUAUAUAGACGCCUUCUCCUCACAAAACUUUUCAUCCAAGGAUGGGGAAAGCCAGAGGACUUGAAAAGAAUAUUUGAGUUCAGAAAGAUUAUUGGAAACCGGGAAAAAUGUCAGAAGUUGGUUUCAAGAGAUUAUCCAGUGUUCAUUGACAAGGUUGAAGAGCAAUCAGACUGUAAGAUCCUUAAUGGACACUUCAUUUCCCCUUUGGCUCAUUAUAUUCCAGGCAUCUUGCCAACAGAAUCCAUCAUAGCAAGGUUUCAGUUCAUAAUGCCCAAGAAAUGGAAUGGCAAUUACAGACCUGUGUGCAUUCAUUUAGCAGGCACUGGAGAUCACUACUACUGGAGAAGACGCACACUAAUGGCCCGUCCAAUGAUCAAAGAGGCCUGUAUAGCUUCUCUGUUGUUAGAAAAUCCUUAUUAUGGCUACAGAAAACCCAAGGACCAAUUAAGGUCAUGUUUAAAAAACGUUUCGGACCUAUUUGUGAUGGGAGGAGCUCUUGUUCUUGAAUCGGCAGCUCUUUUGCGCUGGCUGGAGAGAGAAGGCUAUGGACCUCUAGGGAUGACUGGAAUAUCUAUGGGAGGACAUAUGGCUUCAUUAGCAGUGACAAACUGGCCUAAACCAUUACCACUGAUACCUUGUCUUUCCUGGUCUACCGCUUCUGGAGUCUUUACUACGGGUGUGUUGAGUAAGGCAGUGAACUGGAGAGAGCUAGACAAACAGUAUUAUACUCAAACUGUUUAUGAAGAAGAAAUCAUUCAAAUGCUUGAAUACUGUGGAACAGAUUCUUUCAAGAUGGGGCAAGACUUUGUUAAAAAUGCCCCCAACAGCGUUGACAGUCUGAACCAUCUAGAUCUAUCUUCCCAACCGUUCGACCUGAAUGCUACAAGCGAAAGUGUGCCUAAAGAAGCUAUUCAUUGCCUUAGCACAAGUAAAAGUACUGUAAGUGCCUCUUCGGAGAGACUCUUGAUGCAAGACGCUCCUAAAAUACAGUGUAUAAAUCAAACAUUUUCAACUAGCAGCCGUAGCAGCAAUUACUUCCCCAACCAACAAGAGCAUCAGUUGUAUGGAAAAAGAAAUAGAGAUGCUUUACAAAGAGAAUCAUUAAGGUUCAUGAAAGGAGUUAUGGAUGAAUGCACCCAUGUAGCUAAUUUCUCAGUUCCAGUGGAUCCAAGCUUAAUCAUAGUUGUUCAAGCCAAGGAGGAUGCAUAUGUCCCACGAACUGGAGUGCGUAGCCUUCAAGAAAUCUGGCCAGGAUGUGAAAUCAGAUAUCUGGAUGGAGGUCAUAUCAGUGCCUACCUCUUCAAACAAGGACUUUUUAGGCAAGCCAUAUAUGAUGCAUUUGAACGCUUUCUUCAGAAAUAUGCUUUGUAGUAAUCUUCAUGAAUAUACUCAAUCUGGUAUUGUGUGAGCUUUCCCAAUCUGGAAUUUCAAAUUGGACUCCUUUGUAAAGCAAGCAAAUUCGAUCAACAUUAAAUGAAUGGACACUGAUUUUGAAUGUUUUCUAGCAGUUACCAAUGGUAAAACAUCAAAAAUAGUAGUUUCAGUUCAACCAAAUGCCAGUCUAAGAUGUAUUUGCUUUAAUUUUAAUGGUGAAAGUUUUGGCAACAUUUGUUAAUGAAUGAAAGAUCCUUCCAUGUUUAACCUGUUUUUAUCACAUUAUAUAUGAAAUGACUUGAUUUUUUUUUUGAAUGGCUUGCAUAUCUGUUGAAAAGAGACCAAUGUAAUGUGAAUGACAUUUUAAAAGUAGUUUUUUUUUGUUUUUAUUUUUUUUUAGGACUAUAACACUUUUCUAUGUUUAGUCUUUGCUGUAUUCCUGUUAACCAGAUUUUACUACCUGCCCUGUCUGUCUGUGUUUCCUGUGCUGUUGUUUAAGGAAGUGAUUUUUACUAGUACUCCCCUUACAGGCUGCUCUUGUUUGGUUAGCAUUGGGACUUCAAAGUGCAGAAUUACAUAUGGGGAGGGAGUCUUGGAAAAAAAUGUGGCAGCUAAAGGAAAGAUUAAUAGAUCCAUCUUUAUAUGACGCAUUGGAAAUCUCUCAUUAGUUUUUUUUUGUUUUUUUUUAAAGUUGCACAGAGUGUUCCAGGUAUUCACUGGUUGGUAUACAGAACUGAAAAAGUAACUGACAGCAGAGCACAUGAUGAAUAAUUAUUUAAAUAUAUACCUUUGGGCAAUACGUUGAUCCCAGUAGCAUUUUAUAACAGUGAUUUAAAACUGAACAUGUUUUGUUUUCAUGGCAGUAAUUUAAAUGUAUAUGAUAGCACAACAACUCUUAAGUGCCAUAUUGUAUUGAUUUUAAGACUCUUGAACAGAAUUCUUUUUUAAAGUUCAGUCAGUACUUGGAUGUUCAAAAGGGUUGCGUUUUUUUGCACAACCAAAUUCAGGUUCAGGUUACCCAGAGGUCUAAGAAUUAUAUGAAAAGUAGAAGAUGAGAUCAGCCUUUAUUUGUAACUUUUAAACAAUAACAAGUUUUUAAUUGUAUGAAAGAGAAAUAUUUAGGAUUCUGAACACGUGGUAAUAAAAUUUCGAUCCUUGUAUGCCAUGAAGUUUCACUUCUUAAACUGUUAACUUAUCUAUUCCGUGAAAGCACUCAUCCAUGACCUUUUUUUUUUUUUUUUUUUUUUUUUUUUUAAGACGGUGAAAGAGUCUAGAGUUUAAGCAUGUUUUUAGUAUCUUUUUGAUUGAUAGCAAUUGAAUAGCAUUUAGAAACCAUGUUUGUCAGUUCAGGUUAAUGCAGAAACUGCAAGUAUGAAUAUGUGCCUUUUAACUUUCAAGUAGAGCAUUUUAACUUAUAGGUUGAAAUUGCUGCUUUAUAUAUGCAGAAUAUGGAUCAUACUGCUUGUAUAAACAUGCCUUUGAAACAUUUUAAUCUGAGAAGUGAGAAGUGUAGGGACCAGACUACAGUCCAUCCAUAAAUUAGAUAAGUCCAGGAAAAACUGGAACAGAAGAAUUUGUAAAUUUAUUUUUAAAGGUACAAAUGUUGUAGAAGUCACUGAAUACUUUUUCUUUCAAGUUAAGUUGUUUGUUUCAAAUAGAAUUCCAUUCCCUUGAUAUACAUUUUUAUUAAAUACUAUAAUGUUGUAAGCAAGUGAGACGGUUGGUCCAACACAUUUAAUUACAUUUUAAAAUGCUGAAUGUUAUGUUAGUCAGAGUAUAAAAAGUUUUGAAAAUUAAAUGCAUAUCAGAUUAACUUUGAAGUGUGAUUACUGGACUAAAAUUUAAGGACAACUAUCUGACACACUACUUUCUCAUUCCUUUGUCUACUAAAGUUACAGAAAACUUUGGUGUUCUUGACUGAUCUUUCAAAUCCAGCCCAACGGCCACAUUCUAAACUAGCUUCUGCACAUUGCUGUGUUUGUCAUUGUUCCUUUUAUAUUUCUAAAGGGGAAAGAUGAAAAUUGGUGGAGAGAGAGAGAGAGAAGGGCUUGCUUGUUUUGAAAAGAGUAAAGCAAUUUGAGGGGAUUCAAGAAUGAACUCCUGAACUGCAACCUAUAAAGUAAAUAUUUUCAGAGAAUACAACUCUAGAAAUUGCUUACCCAAUGGAGGCUUGGCCUCUCAAAUUCAGUAUUCUGUCAGCUUCACUAACCAGAUUUAAUUUCCCAAAGUAGCUUACUCAUGCAAGCAAGAUCUUUUUUCUAAAGACCGGACUACUAAGAUAAGGAGUGGUUGUGCUGACUCAUAACAAGAGCCAACAACCACAUUCCACUUAUUAGCACUAACGAGUGUUGUCAGUUGAAAAGAAGUAUGUUCAAGAGAACUGUUGAAAUUUUUCUUAGAUUGGAAACAAGGAUUUAUGAGGACUGGCAGAGGUAAACUGUUACUUAAUCCCGUGUGUGAAAAUUACUUUAUUAGCCUGGCUGCUUAAAUGGGUUCACCCUUGUUUGAAAUCAGUUUUCCAAUUUUUAUGGUUUUAAAUUCCUGAAUUAUACGUGUUAUAAUGUUACUCUAAAAUGCAAUUUUCUUAUAAUGGUUAUAUGAAAAUAAGUUAGGCAAGGUUCCUGCUCUAAAAUUGAGUAGGCAGGCCCUUAAACUUAUGUAUAUUUUAACUUUGUCAUAAACUUGUCAUUAAUCAUUUUUCUUGUUUUUAUGUUUUUCCAAUAAAAGCCUACAAAUAAUUUCUGUGUCUUUCAUGAGAACAUAUGCUUGACUACAUCUCAUUGUCAUCUGUAUUGCAACUCGCAGAAGUAGUUCAGAAAAUAAAUGGUUCAUGUAAUACUAGUGAGAUUCAGAUGUUGCUUUUAAAUGGUUUUCUGCUUAUAAUAACCUAAUAACAAAAACCAGUUAGAAGCAGCACAGUCAUAAAUUAUACAAUCUGGAAAGAAAUCAUAUGUAUUUUCCAGUUAUGUAAUUCACUGUGCAUAGAAAUGAAUAUUUGAAAUGACAAUAAAAUGUCACUAUAUGUAAUUUAGAGUGAAUGUCACUAUGAUAUGUAAUUUGCAGUGGUCCCCAAAAUGUUGGUUGCUUUUCAUGCAGAAGUAGAAAACAGUUUGUAUAAAAACUAAUCUUAUACAGGGGGUACAAAAGCAA